CCGAAGUACUCGUCUAUGUACGCACAGCUGUGCAAGCGUAUCCAAAAAGAGCUAGAAACCGAUAUCGACAAGACCAAAUCCAGCAACUUUUUGCAGAUCCUGCUGAACGUUUGUCGCGACAAGUUCGAAAAUCGCGACCAGUACAGUGAGAAGAUCAUCAACUCGGAAAGCACCCUCACUGAUGAUUUGGAGGAAAAGAAAAAUGUCGCUAAACAAAAAAUACUCGGCAAUGUCAAGUUUAUCGGGGAGCUGUACAAGCUCAACAUGCUGGUCGAACCUCACCUACACGAGAUGCUUCAAUCGUUGUUUCUCAAAAAGUCCAGCGCAUCGACGGAGAAAAAAUGCGAGGACAUGGAAUGUUUGGCCCAGCUCUUUCGGACAUGUGGAAAAAAUUUGGAUACAGAACAGGGAAAACAGUUGAUGUACCAGUACUUCUAUCAGAUGGAAAAGUACUCGUUAUCUACCAAGUUUCCACCACGCAUCCGGUUCAUGCUGCGCGAUCUGAUUGAGCUGCGUAAGAAUAACUGGACUCCGCGAAAGGUUGCCUUGGUCGAAGGACCGGCUCCGAUACAGGAGCUGAAUCAUGACGAUGACGUGCUUCCACCCGGGCUAAACCACUUGCGAAAUCGGGACCGCGAUUAUCGUAAUAAUGAUCGCAGCGAGCAACGCGAUUGGAUCGGCAAAUUUUCUUUGAAUUUGCAUCAUCUCAAUGAUCGUUUCAAUUUACUCAGCGUUUCCUCUCCGUCGCCCCUGCUUCCAUCAAGUUAUAAUCAAUCCUCGAAUGGCUAUGGAAAUCGUGACCAUCACGAUAAUGGUGGUGGUGGAGGAGGUGGCAAUUAUCGAAUGCAUAAUAACCGAAAUAAUCAGAACAAUUACGGUAACAACAAUAUGCGUUAUGGUAAACACAACAACCAUCACCACCAAAGCGGAGGUGGCGGCGGGGGAAUGAGAGACGGUGGAAAUGGCUCUCAUAAUUCGGGAUAUGGUGGAAAUUCGGCCAUGAUGAGCAACAAAGAUCUGGCACCACGCUUUAAACGCAAUUUAAUGACUCCGCCGCAGAAUCCUGUCGAAGAGCUGCAGAUGCGCCCAACACCCAACAGUCUGCUGUUUAAGGCUAAUAUGAAUAUCAAACCGCAACUGCCCAUGUCUUCUCCGAUUGGCGUUGGCGUCGGUAGCGGCGGAAAUGGGAAGUCAAAUUUCAAUGGACCUCCGUUGAACGAAUUUGCAUCUCCACUGACCACUCGCACACUACUUAGUGAGCAGCGUAAUGCUGGACAAAAUAACAAUUUUUCAGGAGCCGCCCCUGCCAACAAUACCGGCGUAGCGGCAGGACCUAAUGUGGUGGGUUUCAUUUCCUCCACUGGUGCUACUCGGGGUGGUGUGCAAAACGAAAAUGGGGGUAACAACAAUAAUAACAUGGCUCAGGGAAGAGGCUCUGGAGGACUGCAACAAACUCUAUCCAACCAACCGGUUAUUUCUUCAAACGUGAUGAAUCGAGACCGUUUCCAACACCCGUCCCAGGGAAUAAACGUCACCCGCAUUAUCGGGGGAGCUGAGGGUGGAAAUAUGAACCAGAAUAAGCCUCAUACGGAUCAAUUGGAGUCUCACGCUCAUCACCACCAUUACCAGAAUAAUAGUGCUCAGCUGCCGCCGGGAGCUGAUCUCAAAGGACGUGAAAUGAACGGUGAUAGACCGCUUCACAGCGAUGCUGUCCAAUCACUCAAUCGCCCGCUUAAUGAGCAAUCGUAUCCGGCCAUGAUCACUGGCACUGUCGGUAACAACAACAACGCAAACAAAACGAUGCAAAAAGAACAAACGAUGGUUAAACAGGUUUCUUCGGAAAAAGCUGAGAAGAAAAAGAAGGAGAAGGGCUUGAAUAAAGAAGAUUACAUGAAACGUGUCGCAACAUUUGUGAGCGAUGUUAUGCUGGAGAACAUUAAACAUCAAAUAGAGGAAGAAGAGCAGCAGAAAUUGGCUAGCGAGGAACAGAAGGAUCAAGAGGACAACAGUAGUGCUCUGGAAGUGAAGGAAGUUGUUGUGGAAGUGGUUGAUGAAACUUUGAAAGAACCCGUUACAUCGGAACCGCUGUCCGAGCCUAGUGAAGUAGGAACACCAACCGCAACAACAGCGGAAGUGGUUGAUAUGAACAAUAUCAUCGAUACAAACAUGAAUCGUGCGGCGGAAGAACAGAUCGAUGUAGUUUCAAAGGAGAAAAUGCUCGAGGCAGAUGAGGCACAAACUACAAAGGCAAAUGAUGGCGAAAAGAUCGACGUUGGCUCUGAAACUCAAAAAGAGAAUGAAAAAGAUGCGGUAGAAAAGCAGGAAGAAGAGCCUACACUGACAGCUGAUGCCACUGAAAAUGUAGCCGAAAAAACUGAUCAACUAGAAUCAGAUGUAAUGACUACUGCUAGGGCUGAAACUCCCGUUGUCCCGUCGGAAACUGUCGUUGUUGAAAAGCAAUCAAUCAAGAAAUCAUCGUUGAUGGAGCAAUUGGUAAACGCGUUUUGUGAUCUGAAGAUUCCAGACAAGAUGUUGCGCGAUGCCAUGAUUGUAAUCCUAAAUCAAGUGCUAGAUCGUAGCGAUGCGUUCCACGCAAAGACGAUCGAGUUUUUGCAGCUGCUGCACAAGGAAGCAAAGCUGUCGAACAAUGCUGCUCUCGAGUCGUUCAGGUUGAUUGUAAGUGGUAUGAACGAGAAGGAAAAAACUAUUCCGAAGAUCACUACCAUCAUUGCAUCUUUGCUAGCCCGGGCCGUCGCUGUAAAUCUCUGCGAUUUGGCCGACGUGGCAGCGUACACCGAUAAUGGUCAGCAUUAUCCUCUGUUCCUGCUCGUCUUGCAGCACUUACACAAGCAACUAGGGAAAGCAGCGUUACAGGCGCUGUUUAAUAAAAGUAAGGUGAACUUGAUGUCUAGUUUGCCAGAGAGCGAUCGCACAAAAGAUCGUAUGGCCGAGAUAUUGGAGGACCGCAGCCUAAGCUUCCUUUACCCGUUGCUACGCGUGCAAGCAGAAUUGUGGAAGCAGAUUCAAUCCGAUGCCAAUCCGCAGCAGUUCUAUAAAUGGAUUAAAGAGAACGUAGAACCAUCAUGCUACACAGAACCCGGCUUCAUUGUGGCUAUUAUGACUGCUCUGCUGAAAUACAUCAAUCAGGAAUCGGAAAAUCUAACGGAUGAUAAGAAACGGAUCGAUAAAGAACGAGAAAUUUUGACAAAGUAUUGUCCUGUGCUGAAUGCCUUCCUGAACAGUAAAAACGAUCUGCAACUGUCUGCUGUGUAUGCAAUUCAGGUGUACUGGUAUAAUAUUGGCUAUCCGAAAGGUGUUCUUCUAAGAUGGUUUCAAGAAAUGUACGAAUUAGGAGUCAUCGAGGAAGACGCGUUCUUGCGCUACAAGGAAGACGUGACCGAUAGCUAUCCCGGCAAGGGCAAAGCAUUGUUCCAAGUCAACGCAUGGCUUACGUGGCUGGCUGAAGCGGAAGAUGCAGAUGACGACGAGGAAGAUUGAAGUGAAGAUACAUUCAAACAGGCGAACAGCAAAGCGCGAGCAAUGAAUGCGAGCUCAUUUUAACAUUCAUUUUGAUUUUGAUUGAGUAGGAUAUAUUUUAUAGUUUGCCUUUUCAAUAGUAGCUAUAAUUGUACUAGAACGAUCAGUUUUGACCUCCGCACCGAAAUAUUGUUGGAGGGCAGGACUAGUUCUUUUUGUUCCAACAUCCGGAAUGUUCAUUCGGAUAGUAGAGUUUGCACCAUUUCAGCAACACAAGAAUAACGAUGGCGAGGAUGCGAAGUAUUGUGUCUCUCAACGGAUUUUUUAAGUCUUUUUAUGGUCAGUUUUCUUUUUUUGGAUUGCUUAUGAAUAAUUUCAACGUUGAAAGUAGACGAUCGCCAUUACGCAAUAUACAUGUUUAUUUUAAAUGAUUGGUUCAUAAUGUAGACAAUUUUUUUCUAUUGAUUAUAACACAUGCACUGAAUAGAAGGGAAAUCACGCUACUGCGAAAAGUUAUUCGCAUUAUAAUCGUAAUAACACGCGACUCAUUUAUCAGAUUUACUUUUCUUCUCUGAUUCGGCGAUUGGAUUUUUUUGUUUUAGUUUCUGUAUCAUGAAGCCGUUGGUAUUAAAAUUUACAUGUUGUCAAUCGGUCAAACUGAACCACACGCAGCUAACUACGUAUAAAAACCUAUGUAGAAUGUAGUAGGACACGGUAAACAUGAUGGAUGUAAGAGUGAGUUUGUAUUGACUAAAAAAAUCAUCAAGAGCUCCACCGCUGCACAUUUAUACACUAUUUUACAAUAUAACUUAAAUGUACUACACUUCCGCUGACAGUUGGGCAAUCGUUGCUCGUUGCAUUAAUCGAAAGAAGCUGUGUGAGAGAGCGACUGCGCUGCGCCUUUGCAAAGGGUAGUAAAUUCGAGUGCAGUUUCGGAACAAUAUACGAGCAGCAAUUCUUCCAGCCGAUUUUAGUUCACGCUCUCCAUAAGUGUAACAAUAAAUAACCAUACGUGCGGUACAAAGUUUCACCACACAUGUUCAAAUUUCCAUUGAUCUGGUAAAGCACGCAAAUUCAUUAAUGCAAUCAAAAUAAAAAAGGGCACGCAUAAACUCACACUACCCUGGAAACCUUGCGCGAGCACCACACCCCCAUUGGCGAUAAGGAUGCACAUUCACAUUAGAUCAAUUUUUAGAUUUUCCUUAACUUUACAUUACAGACAAGGAAAGGUCGGCAGUACAGUAUACUUCAAUGGCGAAAUGCCGUACUAUACUGUGUAUGUAAUCAGAACUGCGGGGUCAGUUUGAUCAAAUAAUAAAAGUCCAUCUGCUACAACACACAAUUUAGUCUACACAGAUUGCGUCUCAUUGAGUGUCGCUGGCUAAGACUUGGUCAACUGAUUGUUUUUUCGGAAAGGAUAAGUAGUAGAACAAUUGGAUAAGCAGCGUACAUAUUGUUACUCUGGCUCAUGUUGUUUUUCUUUAUAAAGAAGCAUAUAUUUUGCGUUUUUUUUCAUCCAAGAAAUAACUAAAAAAGGAGGUAGAAAAAUACAACGCAAAACUUAUAUUAAAUUGAUGGUUCCAUGAAAGAACGCUUUUCGAAUGGCAACCCUUUUGUUUUCUGCACCAUUUUUUCGUCAACCGAAGAACAAGCACAUGCGUUUCAUCAAUGUACUAUCUGAUUAUAGAGAAAAUGCAAUUCUUUCAAAAAUACAACCUUCUACGCGUUAUAUACAAAUAAGUGAACGUGUUUUACUUGGGGCUUUCUUGAUAUCCAUCAUUUGAAAUAUAAAGCUACGCGAAUAUUGCUUGUUUACCGUUUUACCACCAAACCGCGGCCAGACUAGUGAGAGUCAUUAAAUUUUAUCUGCAAUAACAGCAUGUCUAGACUUAAAUAUUAAACUUUAGUUUAUAUUUUUAUU